AUGCGAUUCAGCUCUCUUCUCUUCGCUCUUCCCCUCCUUGGAUCAGUCUUCGCUGCUCCCGCUCCCGCUCCCUUCCCUGAGACCGGUCUCACUCUUGAGAAAAGAGAUGUAGACGUCGUUCAAACUGUCCAAGAACUCGCCAACACCGUUCACGGAUGCCAACCCCUCGGUGCUAGUCAAACUGAAGUCGACGUCGAAGCUACCUUGACCAUCAUCGUUGGUGCUCUUGAGAAAUGCGGUAAUACCCUCGGUAUCGAUCUCAGUCUUUCUGUUGAUGUCGAUGUUGUUCUCGGUGCUGUCAUUGCUCCUCACGGUGAUAUCAAGAACCAAGUUGCCAAUAUCCUCGCUCAAGUCAUCCUCGAUAUCAACGUCAUCAUCAAAUCCAUCAAGGCUGAACACAAGAAGAAACCUAAAUGUGUCGCUCUCCUCGCUCGAAUUGAUGUUUGCCUCACAUUGAUCCUCAAAGGUCUCUCAACCAUCAUCUCAGGAUUGAUCUUCUUGAUUGGAACUAUCUUGAUCUCCCUCGGUGUAAUCCUUGAUGGUGUCCUUGCUUUCCUCCUCAAAUUGAUCAUUGGUCUCCUCGGUAACCUCCUCGGAGCAAUCCUCUGUGGAUGUAUCCUCUAA